AUGUCUGCCAUUCUCUCGGCCGACGACCUAAAUGAUUUCAUCAACCCUGGCGUCAGUUGCAUCAAGCCAGUGGAGACUCUGCCCCAACAACAACCCGCAGAGGAAUCAAUCACGAGUGCAAACGGAUACGAAGUUACCACCGAGGACAAGGUCAAUGCAGGCACUAUUGCGCCACCUGCACAGAUCUCAUUGACAGAUUGUCUGGCGUGCUCUGGAUGCGUCACGAGUGCAGAGGCCGUGCUGGUCAGCCUACAGAGCCAUGGCGAGGUGCUAGACACGCUUGAUCGCUUUCAAGAGUUGAAUAUCGCCAGUGCGGAAGCUCAAUCAGAAGGAGGAACACUGGAGACGAGCGGCGAACAGGCAAAGAUAUUCGUUGCAAGCGUAUCACCGCAGGCCAGAGCCAGCCUUGCUGCAACAUACAAUGUCACGGAGAAGGAGGCAGGCUACAUGGUCAAUCAGCUACUGAGUGGACAACAUGGACUUCGAAGCGGUGGAAAGAACAAAUCUGGAUUCGCCUGGGUUGUGGACACAAGUGCCAUGCGUGAGGCCAGCCUUGUGGCUGCGGCAGACGAGGUCGAGCAAUCGCUCUCAUCACUCGCAGAAGGACAGAAGAAGCCCAUAAUCACUUCAGCAUGUCCAGGAUGGAUAUGUUACGCCGAGAAAACCCAUCCACACAUAUUGCCACAUCUGAGCAAGCUCAAGUCCCCGCAAGCAUUGUCCGGCGUCCUACUCAAGUCUGUGCUGGCCAAGCAGCUUGGAGUUUUGCCACAGAAUGUAUGGCACCUGGCGGUGAUGCCUUGCUUUGACAAGAAACUGGAGGCCUCGCGAGGCGAAUUGACCUCUCACUCCUGGCAUGGACAGGAAGGCGAGGCAGUAAGAGACGUUGACUGUGUKAUCACAGCGCGCGAGCUAUUAAUGCUCGCUGAGAGCAGAAACAUCAGCUUUCCUAGUCUUCCUAAAACUCCAGUAUCGAGAGACCUCAUGCCAACACUACCAGACAGCAUAAUUAGCCAAUAUCUCUUCAGCAACUCGCGACACCUUAAGCGCAAACGAGAAGAAACGGCUGCUAUUGGUACGAGUGGUGGAUACCUCCAUCAUAUCCUCAAGACGAAGCAGGCUCACUAWCCUGGCUCUGAAAUUAAGGCUCAGCGGGGCCGUAACAGCGACGUUGCAGAGUACAGUAUUGUGGACGCGCACGGCCAAAAUGUCUUCAAGGCUGCUCGCUAUUAUGGCUUCCGCAACAUACAAAAUCUGGUGCGUCGUCUCAAGCCACCCAAGGUAAGSCGUAUGCCAGGCGCAACUGGAAGGAAGACCGGUGUCGCUCGGCGACCGAAUGGCGCAAGUGCUGGAGGAACCGAUAAUGACUAUGCAUACGUGGAGGUCAUGGCCUGCCCAGGAGGCUGCACAAACGGUGGCGGACAGAUCAAAGUCGGAGAUGUGGCAACGUUGAGACAGAUUGGAGGCACAGGUAUUGAGAACGGGAGCGAGGAGCAGGCCGUGCUUCCUGCGCAGAAGGAGUGGUUGGCUAAAGUUGACGAGGCUUAUUGGAGUGCUGAGUCGGACGACUUGACAGACUCUGAUGGCGAUAUGGACCGCGAACGAUCGUCGCCAGCGAGAGAUUCUGUGAUGUCCGGAACGGAAGAUGCGGGGAAAGAUGUGGUGGAUGGGAUUGAUCGACGGUAUGUGAAGCAAGUGCUCGAUCACUGGGCGGAGAUCACAGGCGUAGGUCUGGAGACACUUCUGCAGACGACCUAUCGCGUUGUACAGAGUGAUGUUGGGAAGGACAAGCCUGGAGGUGAUGCUGAUCGUGUCAAUGCACUUGCUCAUGCUGCUGGAGGGGGUUGGUGA